AUGCUCUCCUCAAGCCUGUUCUACGGUGUUCUGGCCGCUGUUGCCACCGCCGUCACCGCUCAGACCACCGAAGGGCUCAGCACAACGACCUCCACGAGCACCAUGACCAGGACCGUCACCAUCACCCAGUGCAACCCGUCUAUCACCAACUGCCCUGGUCGCAACACCAGCACCAGCACCACCAGCACCACCAGCACCACCGCCGCUGUCCCUACCAUCAUCGUGUCGAGUGCCAACCUGACCUCGGCCAUGCCCAGCCCUACCAAGAACUCGACUGGUUACGUCCAGCCGACUUUGUCGCCCAAGACCACCACCGCCGUCGUGGUUCUCCCCUCAAGCGCCUCUCAGGCUCCUGUCGCUACCGUGCCCCCCACUGGUGCCGGUACCUCUGUCUUUGUCCAGAGCGGCCUCAUGCUCGGUGUUCUCGGUGCUGGUAUUGCCAUCCUGGCAUAA